AAAUCUUACCUCAUUUGCUCUUCACAAUAACUUUGGGAGUGAGCCCUAAAGCUCCUGACACAUCCCCGUCCUGGAGCCAGAUCCUUGGGCAUUGUCAGGAUGAAGGUCCAUCCUUGGGUCUUCUUCUUCCUUAUGCUUCUCCACUCCCAGGAAGGAGAAGGACAAUCUGGAGAAGAGCCUGAAACAGAGGAGCUCAUGGCAAUCCUGGGGGAAUCAAUCAUCUUCCCCAUCAACAUCCCAGAAGGCGAACAAAUUGAGAAAAUUAUUUGGGUUUUCCAAUCACCUCUUGCCACCAUUAAGAAAGGAGCUGGAGAAAAAUUAUCCACCAUCAUAGUAUCUAACCCUCGCUACAAGGUCCUAGUGGACAUCCCUGAUCAGAUCUAUUCCCUGCAGAUUAGCAACCUGAGCAAGGAGGAUGAGGGAAUGUACAGAGCAAAUAUAGUCUCUGAGAAUGCUCUGGACACCAUCACUCGAAAGUUUACGCUACGCGUCUACCGACGACUUCCAAAGCCCAAAGUCACUAUAUACUUGGAGAUCUCAGAGGAGUUCAUGUGCAAUGUCACCUUGAAAUGUCAUGUGGAUGGGAGAGGAGAAGAUGAGGAGUAUGGCUGGACACCUCUGGGACCAAGAGCUGUUGUUUCUAAUGGGGGUUCUGUCCUCCACCUCUCCUGGAAGCCUGGAGAUAGUGACCUCACUUCUACUUGCAUAGUUAGAAACCCCGUCAGCCUCAGUUCCCAUUCCCUCCAAGCUGGGCAGUUCUGUACAGGUCCCAGAAUUUCGUCUUCAGCAUCAUGUUCUCCCCUGGCAAAGGGACUUUUCAUCCUGUUACUCUUAGGGAUCUUAACAGUUUCUAUUAUUGUAAUUCGCGUUUUAACAAAAAAUAAAAAGGCAAUCGAAAGAAUUCACAGGAUGAAACUGAGGAGGAAUGUGAAGCGAGAAAAAAUGCAGGCAAAGGAGUUUCCAUUAGCAAGCCGCAUCCCAGAAUGACCGGACUCAGGACCUGGGUCCAUCCCAUCCCCUUCCUCUUCAGGAGCCUUCCUGGGAAUACUUUCUCAGGGACUUUUCUACCCCUUAAAGACUUUAGGAGAGCCAUCAGGCAGGAACUCCAAAGGCUCUUGCUUUUUUGGGGAAAGGGUCAGGCAAUAAAGUCAAAUCAAGUGAAAAU